AGUCAUUAAUCAGCUGUGAACUACUUGGGCCUGGACAACAUGCUUUUCCCUUCUCUUUCUUGCUCUCAAGCAACUGCCCAUGCAGUUUUACAGCUGCUCGUGGUAGCAUUGAGUAUCGACUCAAUGUUUCUCUAAAAAUGACAAACGGCACUCUCAUCACUCAUGCGAAAGGCAUAACGGUACUGAGAGAGUUGGAUUUGGAUGCUUAUGAAUCUCUUCCUGAGGCGCUAACUUGUCCAACAAUCAAACGCGACUGUCACUAUCUCGGUUCUCUUAACCGGCUCCUGCCAGCAGCCAUCCGAGCCAAAAGGUGUCCACCAGAAUCAGGCGUCGUAAAGCCUCGUUGCUAUGGCUCACUUGAGUCCCGUCUGGAGCAAAAGGUGCUGGGCUUGAGCUCCAGAUCCGUGGAGGCUGAUUGGCCCAGAGCCGAACACGGAAGGAUCGGCCUUGCAGGCCCACUCGAGAGGGAACGAGUGAUGGUUGAGCAGAAAAAUGUAUCUUCACGAUCGACUCCAAGGCAGAGGGGCUCGAGAUUUGUGCGCCGGCCAAAGCGAUUGAGUGAGGAGGAUGAGCGGCAGUCUGUGCGAGGUUCAGCAUACGAAUCGGAUGAGAGAUCAUCUUCUUCACGAACCUUCGAGAAGCCAGGACCAGCCGGCCUCCACGACCGUCUUUUGAGCGGUUCCAACGGCCGGCCUCGAUCGGCCCGUCAGACCAGACCGGACGAACUGCGAGACUACGAGGCCGAUGACACCGUCUGCUCCGACGAGGAGUUGACGACGCAGCAGCCGCUGUUCGAGCCACACAGAUGGCCCAUGGCAACUCGAGCUGGAGCCACAGUUUUCGCCAGACGCCUGCUGGCGCGUUGUCAACCGAUGGUGAGUCGUGAUUGCGUCACAGGCUCUGCUUGUGCCUGUCGACUCAGCCUGAGCAGGGGCCAUUUGGUGCCCGGUGAACGAGUCACAGCUCGUCUGAGUCUCCGUCUCGACUUGUCCGUGAUUCACUCGGCACUGGCCAUAGAAAAGAUGGAGCAUGUUCGAGGCUGGAGGGGUGGUAAGUGUAUAAACGACGUCUGGUGGAGCCAAGACGACCAUCAAAGUCUGGACAACAGAACGGAGUACGACCCGCGAACGCGAAUGCGACGGAUCGUCGACUCAGUAACCGAGACGUCCAGAGCUCGAACGAUCAAAUUGAACAGCAGAAUAGAGAAACUAUUCCGUGAUUGGAGUCCAUUAACACGUGCCAUGGUCUUUCAGUUCACGCCGGUCUCCAGCCGUUUCGGUUGCUCUUCUCAUGCUGAGUCCCGGAGGGCUGGGUUCCUUCACAUUCAUCGUGCACGAAGGGAGGAGAAAAGGCAGAGGAUCACAAAGAAGAACCAGAUAUUUUUGGUGAUCCGGCAGGUGAGGAGGCUAUGA